GGCUGCCGUAGCAGCCGGCGGAAGGGGCGGGGCGGGUGUGCACGCUGCCCAUGUGGGUCAGCGGCGGCGGCAGGAGCGGCGGCCAUGAAGUUCGCCUACCGGUUCUCCGGCCUGCUGGGCACCGUGUACCGCCGCGGGAACCUCAGCUUCACCCGCGAUGGCAGCGCGCUUGUCAGCCCCGUCGGGAACAGGAUCUCCCUCUUCGACCUGAAGAAUAAUAAGUGUGAAACACUCCCAUUGGCUACACGGCACAAUAUUGUGUGUGUGGGGCUCUCUCCAGAUGGAAGUCUUGCCAUACUAAUCGAUGAAGAGGGAGCUGCCUUGCUUGUCAGUUUAAUUGGUAAAUCUGUGAUACAUAACUUCCAUUUUCAUAAGCCGGUGCAUAGUGUCUGCUUUUCCCCUGAUGGCAAGAAAUUUGUGAUUACAAAAGACAACAUUGCUCUUAUGUACCAUGCUCCUGGGAGAAAAAGAGAAUUUAAUGCAUUUGUUCUGGACAAAACUUAUUACGGUCCCUAUGAUGAAACAACAUGUAUUGACUGGACUGAUGAUUCCAAAUGUUUUGCUGUGGGGAGCAAGGACAUGUCAACAUGGGUGUUUGGAGCAGAGCGAUGGGCAAAUUUGAUCUAUUACUCGCUUGGAGGGCAUAAGGAUACAAUAGUAGCAUGUUUUUUUGAAGAGAACAGUCUAGAUCUGUACACAAUUAGCCAGGAUGGGGCGCUCUGUGUGUGGCAGUGUGAUACAGAGCUGGAUGGUCUGAAGCCAAUGCUCCCUAAAGAUGAAACUAAGGAAAAGAAUAAAACAAAUGAUGAAGAUGAAGAAUUUAUUGAAGAACCUCUGGGUGAAGAAAUUCGUGGAAAAGCCAAUCCAAAUGAACAAGAGGCUAGAGAUAAGGUUAAAUAUUCUCGUGUCGCAAAGUAUUUUUUCAAUAAAGAGGGUGAUUUUAAUAACCUGACAUCUGCAGCUUAUCACAAAAAAACACACCUUUUAGUCACAGGUUUUGCCUCUGGAAUCUUCCACCUCCAUGAGCUUCCGGAUUUCAAUGUGAUCCACUCCUUGAGUAUUUCAGAUCAACGGAUAGCUUCUAUUUCUAUCAACUGUACUGGGGACUGGAUUGCCUUUGGAUGUUCAGGUCUGGGUCAGCUCCUGGUAUGGGAAUGGCAAAGUGAAUCUUAUGUGUUGAAGCAGCAGGGCCAUUUCAACAGCAUGGUCUCAUUAGCAUAUUCUCCAGAUGGACAGUACAUAGUAACGGGAGGGGAUGAUGGGAAAGUGAAAGUGUGGAACACUUCCAGCAGCUUUUGCUUUGUCACUUUUACAGAACAUACCAGUAGCAUAACUGCUGUAACUUUUACUUCCAGUGGUUAUGUCAUUUUGAGUGCUUCCCUAGAUGGAACAGUGCGGGCCUUUGAUCUACACAGAUACCGCAAUUUCCGCACCUUUACUUCUCCACGACCAACUCAGUUCUCUUGUUUAGCUGUGGACUCCAGUGGUGAGAUUGUCUCAGCUGGUUCCCAGGAUUCCUUUGAAAUAUUCAUCUGGUCAAUGCAGAGUGGGAGGCUGUUGGACGUAUUAUCAGGUCAUGAGGGCCCCAUCAGCAGUUUGUCCUUUAACCCAAUGAAGUGUGUUCUAGCUAGUGGCUCUUGGGAUAAGACUGUCAAGUUAUGGGAUAUGUUAGACAGUUGGAGAACCAAGGAGACUCUAACAUUGAACUCAGAUGUUCUUGUUGUUGCUUUCCGUCCUGAUGGCAAAGAGCUUGCAGUUGCUUCUUUGAAUGGACAGAUAACAUUUUGGGAUCAUGAAAAUGCAGUGCAAACUGGCUCAAUUGAGGGAAGACAUGACCUCCAGAUGGGGAGAAAGGAGCUUGAUAGAAUAACAGCCAAACAAUCAGCCAAGGGAAAAUCUUUUACUACUCUGUGUUACUCGGCAGAUGGUCAGUCUAUUCUGGCAGGCGGAUUGUCAAAAUUUGUCUGUAUAUAUAAUGUCAAAGAACAGAUUCUUAUGAAAAAAUUUGAAAUCUCGUGCAACUUUUCUUUAGAUGCAAUGGAGGAGUACCUAGAUCGAAGAAAAAUGACUGAAUUUGGCAGCAUGGCUCUGAUUGAUGAAGGUGCUGGAGAUGAAGACGGUGUAGCUAUUCCUCUUCCUGGAGUAAAGAGAGGUGACAUGAGUUCUCGGCACUUUAAACCAGAAAUAAGAGUGACUUGCCUGCAGUUCUCUCCUACAGGACGAAGCUGGGCAGCCACCACCACGGAAGGUCUUCUUAUCUAUUCGCUGGACUCUGGGCUAAUUUUUGAUCCUUUUGAGCUAGAUGUUGAUGUCACACCCAGCAAUAUACACAAAAUACUGCAUCAAAAGGAAUACACUAUGGCCAUCAUCAUGGCCUUCAAGCUGAAUGAAAAGAAAUUAAUUCAGGAGGUCAUAGAGACUAUACCUAGUAAUGAGGUUGAUAUCAUCUGCUCUUCACUCCCAGAUUUGUAUGUGGAGAAGGUACUGGAGUUCCUGGCCUCUGCCUUUGAGACAUCUUGUCACUUAGAGUUCUAUCUUAUUUGGGCUCAUAAAUUGCUCAUGUUACAUGGACAGAAACUAAAAACAAGGUCAGAAAGGCUGCUGCCUGUGAUCCAGUUUCUUCAGAAAAGCAUCCAACGUCAUUUUGAAGAUGUUUCCAAACUCUGUGAAUGGAAUAUCUACAAUAUUAAAUAUGCAUUAGCCAUUUCGCAACAGCGGGGCAUGAAGCGUCUGGCAGACACAUCGGCGGAUGAAGAUGUGGAUUCUGACAGUGAUUAUAUUAUGCAAGACGUUCAUAAGGACAAUUUUAGUUCCUAGUUAUUCUUCAUGAGAGGAAGAAAAUCUAAGAGAAAACAAUUUUUUGCAGUGGUAUUCACUGAGACUGAGUGGCCCUUAUAGAGGCAUAAUUUCACUCUUUAACUAAUUUCUGGAACGUGCAUGUAACACUGUCCCUGCUGUUAAAUUCAGGAUGGACCAAGUGCUAUCUAUAGUAUACUUUUUGCAAUCCGUGAAAUCUGAUGAUGUUCCAGUAAUGACGAUGAAUAACAUGCCUGUACCAAUGAGUAUGGGAGCAAAGUUACUUUGCUAUAAAACUUUUCCAGAGAUUUAAUUAAUAGUCUGAGAUACUGUGGUAAAGAUUUAUGUUUAUAAAUUGUCAACUCAAUAAUGUAACUUAAACUGUAAGAGAGGGAAUGUGUUACAAAUGUUUCUUUCCCUCAAGAAAGCUCUUUUUUGUUUUUUAAAUGUUGUUCAUUAAAAUAACAAAAUCUGAAA